CUAUAGUAGUAGAAGAAGAAAAUGGUGUGUUGUACAUCUCUUAAGAUACAACCAAUGUAACUUAUUAAAAAUGCCCUUGAAUGACGAAACGUUUCGCGACAUACUUCGGAUAAACGAAAAACAUAAAAAAUUAAAGCAAAAGCUGUUAAACAAUGCCUCAAUUAUAAUACAUCAUAAAUAGCCGGUGAACAAAAGCAUGAGAUUAAAUAUAGAGAUAACCUAAUCUAUAUUCUCUAAAGAAUUUAGUAUUUAUUUAUUCUUUGUUAUCGCUAUGAUACGUGUAAGACAUUUGUUUAAUUUAUUCAUUUCCAUGUUAUCAACUUAUCAAGUUUAGAAUACAUGUACACGUUAUUCUUUCUUUUAUUCCAGUGACGGAUAAAUACGUCUGUUUUCAGUAGAAAAUCUAGAUAAUCUAAUAAAAUUUUUGAACAUUCUGUGGAAAUUACAUUUUUCUCGUGGAUUAAAAAUAUGUUAGUGCUAUAACAAGUUCGUAUAUACAAUAAUAUUUUGUUGUUCAGAUUAUAAUGUUUAAUAUCUAUUGACGUAUAAAAGAUUAUUAUGAAAUCUUAUUUCCUAAUAUAGUAACAUAUCUAAUGAUAUGAGACCAAGUAAAAUUAUACUAAAAUUAAAAUUACAUUAAUACUCUUAGUCAUUUCUACUUAUAAAAAAGUAACAGAUUAUAAACUCAACAAUAUAUAAUGAACUUCCUAUAUUACGUUUAUUACUAAGUCACGUUUAAAUCACGUUUCUCUCGAGUAUUUUUUGAUAUUUUUAUAUGACAGUACUUUGAUAUGCAGGGUCAUUCAAUUGACCUGGAGAGAGGAGAAACUCAGAUAACCAAGGAACUUCCAAUCAAUUACUAAAUAUUAAAUGGAGGCUUUAGGAGCCUAUCCCGUAUUAAAAUCUUUUCUUGCUGGCUCAUUUUCUGGUACUUUUUCAACAAUUCUAUUUCAACCAUUGGAUUUAAUUAAAACUAGAUUACAAAGCAGAGUCAAUACUCAUGUUGAACCAACAAGAAAUGGGAUGCUAACAACAAUUGUACAUAUAAUAAAAAAAGAAAAUAUAUUUGGAUUAUGGCGUGGUAUGACACCAUCUAUAACUAGAGUCAUCCCUGGUGUUGGACUCUACUUUUCCUCUUUGGACUGGUUAAAGCAUACAUUACAGCUAGAAGAACCACUAACACCUCUACAAGCUAUAUCGUUAGGUAUUACGGCUCGGUCUAUGUCUGGUGGUUUAUUAAUCCCAAUUACUGUUGUUAAAACGCGGUUUGAGAGCGGCGUUUAUAAAUAUAAUAGCGUUGCAGAAGCUUUAAGGCUUAUAUAUAGGCAAGAAGGUAUUAAAGGCCUGUCCAGUGGCCUAGUACCAACAUUACUUCGCGAUGCACCAUACAGUGGUCUUUAUCUAUUAUUUUAUACACAAUUAAAACAAGUAGCUGCUCAUACAGAGCUCGUUCAUCAGAAUGCCUCUGUACCAGUGCACUUCAGCUGUGGGGUUUUAGCAGGAAUUUUUGCUGCUAUUGUAACGCAUCCACCAGAUGUUAUUAAAACGAAGAUGCAACUUUAUCCGAAUGAAUUUAAAACUAUUUACAGUGCCACUUAUAUUGUAUAUAAAAAAUAUGGAAUUUUAGGAUAUUUUAAAGGAAUUGUACCUAGAAUGUUAAGAAGAACACUAAUGACUACGAUGGCUUGGACUGUUUAUGAACAGAUUACACGAAGCAUUGGGUUAAAAUAAAAUUUAAUAAAUUAUGUUGAUUGGUAUAAAUAGAAAAUUUUAUACCAUGUGAACAAUUAUUUAUAUACAGUAUUAGAAAGAUGCAACGUAUUGCUCAUUGUAUUAUCAAUAUUUGUAUUUAUUUAAUAAAUUAUAUAUUUUUAUAGA